CACACGUUUCAUUGUUUUCAGCUCACACCCCAUCGAAUCAUCUGUCUCAUGUUUUAUAAUAUCAUCUUUCUUUCUCUCCAAUGUCUCGCGUCAAAGUCAAGACAAUAAUCAAACAGCGCUCUCCUUUCCCCCCUCCCUUUCCUUACUCCACGCUCAUCAUCAUCAUCUCCUCCUCCUCCUCCUCCUCCUCCUCCUCCUUCUUACCAUACAAUUAAGAAGCUUUUUAACGUACUGCCUCCUGUAUACUUAUAUUUCUUCAUAAAUUAAUUCAUUGCAAGAGAUCAGGCUAUCUUGCACACUUCCUAAAGCUAUGCCCGUUAAUUACCAGCCAGUUGUAGAUGAUGAGACCUCCAUCCCCACCAGCAGCAGCAGCAGCAGCAGCAGCAGGAUGGGUGAUGAGGACCAGCUGGUGUACACUCUGGAUGAUGCCCUCGCUUCUGCGGGCUUUGGAAAAUUCCAGUUUCUGGUGCUUGCUUAUGCCGGUCUUGGUUGGUUUGCUGAAGCCAUGGAAAUUAUGAUCCUUUCCUUUGUGGGUCCUGCUGUCAAGUCCCAGUGGAAUCUCUCCUCCACCCAGGAGAGUUUGCUCUCUACGGUUGUUUUUGCUGGCAUGCUUGUUGGAGCUUAUUCUUGGGGCCUUUUUUCUGAUUACUGUGGAAGAAGGCAAGUCCAUCUACAUAUUUUAUUUCAUAUGCCUAUUGCCCCGUUGAUAAUGAAUCUGUCUCUCCAUUUAAAGGGUUUCCUAGGAAUAACUAUUAUAACCAGUGCAGCUGGAUUUUUGAGUACUUUCUCCCCGAAUUAUGUAUCAUUGUUGAUUCUCCGUUGUUUGGUUGGGGUUGGCCUGGGUGGUGGACCUGUAUUUUCCUCCUGGUUUCUAGAGUUUGUUCCGGCUUCACAUAGAGGCACCUGGAUGGUUGUCUUCUCAACUUUCUGGACAUUCGGAACCAUUUUUGAGGCUGCACUUGCAUGGAUGGUCUUGCCUAGAUUGAAUUGGAGGUGGUUACUUGCAUUCUCCUCUUUACCAUCUAUUGCCCAGCUUUUCUUUUAUUGGAUAGUACCAGAGUCUCCAAGGUACCUGUCCAUGAAAGGAAGAAUAACGGAGGCACAUAAUAUUCUGGAGAAGAUAGCUCAGCUGAACCAAUCAAAACUUCCUCCUGGAAUGCUUGUUUCUGAUAGUACAAUUGGACUGGAUGAAGAAUCUGCCCCGUCAAAAUAUACACCUCUACUCUCCUCAACUAGAAAACUGGUUUCAGAUUUUAAAUCAGGCUUCUCAUCAUUUGUUAUGCUUUUCUCAUCAAAGUUAAUUCGAACAACACUUCUUUUGUGGUUGUUAUUCUUUGGAAAUGCAUUCUCAUAUUAUGGUAUCAUAUUGCUGACUUCAGAGCUAAGUAGUGAGGAAGGAAAAUGUGCCUCAACUGUCUUGCUGUCAGAAAAUCUCCAGGAUGACAGCCUCUACAUAAAUGUAUUUAUUACUAGUUUGGCAGAGCUUCCUGGGAUUCUUUUAUCAGCCAUUAUUGUGGAUAGAUUUGGCCGCAAGCUUUCAAUGGCAUUCAUGUUUGUCUUAGCUUGUAUUUUCCUCCUACCCCUGGUUUUCCAUCAGCAUGCGACUUUGACAACAGCAUUGUUAUUUGGAGCUCGCAUGUGUGCCAUAGGAACCUUCACAGUUGCUGCAAUAUAUGCCCCAGAGGUGUAUCCAACGGCUAUUAGGGCAACUGGGGCAGGAGUUGCAAGUGCUGUAGGGAGGAUUGGUGGCAUGGUAUGCCCUCUUGUGGCAGUUGGACUAGUGGCGGGUUGCCAUCUUAAGGAAGCUAUCAUUUUGUUCGAGGUUGUGAUUGUUAUUUCAGUAGUCUGUGUCCUGCUCUUCCCAUUUGAGACCAGUGGGCGGGAAUUGAGUGACAGUUUAGCUGCAUCUGAUCCAAAACAAGUAGUUGUUGGGUAGCAAAUUUAUACCCAUUCAAGCAUAGUGAAAACUAGAUGUAUUUUCCUGUAUUUGCUAUUUGAUUGUUUAGAACAGGAAGUCCAUGUAUCAGAUCACGGUUCUGCCAAAUUGGCUGUGUCUAGGAAGGGAGAACAAAUGCUAAUCCUUUAACAUAGAUAAAUAUGUAUGCCUAUUCCCUCGUUUGAUUUAAGUAUGUAUAGCAGAGUACGAGGCGACAUGUAUCAUUUA